GAAGAAGCUUUGCGCGCAGAUCAUCUUAUUCUUCACUUCCUCGUUUGGUAUAACUCAUCUCGCCAUGGAAGGGUCUUCUUCGAGAGGGAGUCGGAGCGAUGAGAGCAACGAAGAGAUUGGGAACAGGAGGGGAUCGGCAACGUCUCGAAGUGAUCCACCCCGGUACAGGGGGAUCCGGAAGCGCCCUUGGGGCAAGUUCGCUGCCGAGAUCCGGGACCCUUCCAGGAACGGCGCCCGCCUCUGGCUCGGGACCUUUGAGACGGCAGAGGAGGCUGCUCGAGCCUACGAUCGGGCCGCCUUCGCCUUCCGAGGCCAUUUGGCCAUCCUCAACUUCCCUAACGAGCAACAAUACUAUGCUCAGAAUGACCACAAUGUUGCCAGCCACCGCAGUUCUUCCUCCACGUCCCCGUCGCCGUUCACUUCAGCGGGUUCGUCAUCUUCCACGGUGUCAGCUCCCACCAGGCCGUCCAGAGAUCCGAUCGAGUUGGAGUAUCUAGACGAUAAGUUGUUGGAGGAACUUCUGAAGUCGGACAGCGACAUGUAAAGGUUAAUGCGGGUAGGUGAGUGCAUAUUUAGGGUUUCCGAAAGUUUCAUAACAACAAAUCGUUUUGUUUCUGGCGUUAGUCGUCUCCGUCGGCGAGAGAUUUCACUUGUUGAAAAAGAUGGAGUGGCGUUUCCCCUGCAGGGUUUAUGCAUAUUUUGGUUGAAUAAAUUACAUUUGGCAUUCUUCAAGACUGUAUUCUUCUUUAUUUAUUUAUUUUGGUAGUACUUCUCUGGGUUCUUGCAGCCAAUUGAAGCAGUAGAAUUCAUACAACCACAGAUUUCUGGGAUGCUAAAGUUAUUUCAUUGCAAUAAACUGUUGCAGUAUAUCUUAGGUUUCUAAUGUUAAAAUACCCAGGUACAGCUCCCGAAAUCGUUUCGUAGUAUCUAUUCCGGAAGAGCUUCUCUGUAUUUGAGGACAGGUCGAUGUAAAUCCAGGCCGAGCUAGGAUUUUGCAUUUGUCUUUUAGGUGCAAUUAAUAAACAAUAUUUUCUUAAUUUUUAGUGACUCGGGCGCUUUGAAGCUGAAACAAAACUUUAGAAUAUCCCAAA